AUGUUUUGGAUGUUAAAAUUGAAAAACUUGAAGGAAUUGUCCAUAAUUUGGUUUACAACGUAUCAAACCGAUUCUGGUCAAUCUUCACGUCUCGUUGUAUCAUGGAAAAUUGCAGCAUUGAUCGAAGAAGAUCCAACAUUUAAUUCAACAAACAGGAUUUUAUUAGUAAUAAGAAAGAUAGCAGAGGUUCUUCCUCGGUUUAUAAUUGAAGAUGGACCACAAGAAACAGAGCUGAUUACCCAGUAUCUUCACCCCGCUCUUGUACCUUUGUUUGAAAAUAUCGACGAGCUUCAUGUUACAUUUAAAUGGACACCGCGCCAAUUCCAUGAAAUCAAAUUUAUGACAAUGACCUGGCCUUUUGGGUUGUCUAGAAACAACAACAACGAAAAAGAAAUGUGGUGCAAUGCAAUGCAAUGUAAUGUAAUCGGUACGUGCGAACAGAUAUAA